GGGUUCGCCUCGGCUCCUCGCAUUCUCUUGCUCACCCAGCCUCGGCGCAACAUCCCACGGAUACAAGACUCCGACACCGCACCGGGACUCGCAGCGCUAACUCCCGCCUGUGCAACCCCAACCAGAGCUCGCCUGGACCCGGCUAGGGCUCCGCCGAAUCUCCGCUAAACUCACAUCACAUCCCUUCGACCGCGAAAGGCUUGUACUAUUUCACCAGAAAACACUUAUAACCACACUCUAACAGCACUUAAAGACUGUCCGUAUAUAUUUACACAAAUAUAUAUUGGCGACAUCCACGAUUUAUAACCUUUUCUUAAAAAAGAAAAAAACUAAUUGAGUGGAACUUUCUUUGGUCGAAGAUUUGUUUUAACCUGUAACAGACCGCCUGGAAAGCUAAAGAAAGACUCAUUGCACUUUAUGUGAUUUUUAUGAGGGAGAAGUUCUGAAACGCUAAUUUCUCUUAAAAAAAAAAGAAAACAUUGUCUGAAAUUAAGGGGAGAAAUAUUUCUGCUGGAUUGUAGGUUGCUGAAGUUGCCUUCGUGAUGACUCCGGUCUCCUUCCUACGUUCGCUUCUCGUCCUGAUCUUGGCUCUGUUUUCGGCAAAUGCUAGUAACUGGCUGUAUCUGGCCAAGCUGUCGUCGAUCGCCAGCAUUCAGGAUGAGGAGACGUGCGAGAAGUUGAAGGGUUUGAUAAACCGACAGAUCCAGAUCUGCAAGCGGAACGUGGAGGUGAUGGACUCGGUGCGGAGGGGAGCGGAGCUGGCGAUUGAAGAGUGUCAGCAUCAGUUCAGAAACCGACGCUGGAACUGCUCCACUGUCGACACGCUGCCUGUAUUCGGCAAAGUGGUCACACAAGGAACACGAGAAGCAGCUUUUGUCUAUGCAAUCUCGUCUGCUGGAGUGGCCUUUGCUGUUACUCGCGCCUGCAGCAGCGGUGAGCUGGAAAAGUGUGGCUGUGAUCGUACAGUCCAUGGAGUGAGUCCUGAUGGUUUCCAGUGGUCAGGCUGUUCAGAUAAUAUUGCAUACGGCGUUGCCUUUUCCCAGUCUUUUGUGGAUGUAAGGGAACGAAGUAAAGGAGCUUCUUCGAGCAGGCCACUAAUGAAUCUGCAUAACAAUGAGGCAGGAAGGAAGGCCAUUCUGAACAACAUGAGAGUGGAAUGCAAGUGUCACGGGGUUUCGGGAUCGUGUGAAGUGAAAACCUGCUGGAAAGCCAUGCCUCCAUUCAGGAAAGUGGGCAAUGUGCUGAAGGAAAAAUUCGAUGGUGCCACCGAAGUCGAGCAAAGGAAAGUCGGUUCCACGAAAGUCUUGGUGCCCAAGAAUUCACAGUUUAAACCCCACACAGACGAGGACCUCGUGUACCUCGACUCGAGCCCGGAUUUCUGUGAUCAUGACAUUCGGAACGGGGUCCUGGGAACCUCCGGGAGGCAGUGCAAUAAGACAUCCAAGGCCAUCGAUGGUUGCGAGCUCAUGUGUUGUGGCCGCAGCUUCAACACGGAGGAGGUAGAGAUUGUGGAGAGGUGCAGUUGUAAGUUCCACUGGUGCUGCUUCGUCAAGUGCAAGCAGUGUCGUAAAGUGGUAGAGAUGCACACAUGCCGGUGAUGAGAACCAUUACAGGUCAGCCAAGGCAAACACAGGUCAAUCCCCGUGCGGGGGACUAGAACACUCCAGCAAUUCCAAGAAGACAGAUAGAGAGAAAACACUAUUUAAGAUGUCCCAAAGGAUCCUUGUUUUAUUUUUUUUAAUUUAUUGCUGACUAACAAAGAUCUGGAGGUACUUCUCCACGGACUGUUACUGCUCUGGUUGAACUUACCUCUCUGUUACUGAUGCUGCUUAUAAAGGAACAAAGGGGUGGAACAAGGAGGCAGAAAAUGGUCUGGUUUGACACUGGUAUUAUUGCACAGGCCUGUUCUGGAAUUGAUACCUCUUCAGUUGUACACUGCUAUCUUACAAACAUAUCUGGUUUAGAACUCACUUCACUAUGUCUCCAAUUCUCCAUUAAUUCCUGCUGUCCUCUGAUCAUGUUAACGUUACCUCCAGCUGCCAGCAGACCCUGCCGAUGAUCGUGCAGUCCAGGCGAUCUGGCUUGUCCUGUAACCUCUCCAUCCAUUCACCAGCCUUGUGAUUGUCUCCCGUUGCAUAGCGAUGCCUCUCGCAGAACUCCAGUGGUCUCCGGAUGACUCAGUAUGUCAAUACCUCCAAACUGCGUACAUUCCAAACUUGUCAUUACAAGCCUUCACACAGCUCCCAACAGCUUGCAGUGACUGGCACAUCGUGGUUUCCCCCACAAGCAUGUGUGUGUGAUUUUACUUUGUAACAGAGAAGACAGCACUAUACCGUCAAUAAUUAAUUUAGAUGGUACCAAUUGUAACAUAAUGUAUAGAGUCGGUGAAACAGAAACAGACCAAAUACAGAGAAAAAGCCUUAACAGGCUGAAAUGCACGCUGGACAGACUAACAGAAUGUAUUAUAACAGUAUUCUGAAUAUUUCAGUUACAAAUAGACUAUGUCAAGAUGAAAUGAAUCCUGGAAGAUUCUAUCUCAAACAAUGCUUCUAGUACGAUGUAAAGCACAGUACAGUUCAGCCUGUUCAAUGAUCCUAGUGUUCAUGUAUUGUUGACCAUGUUAUCUGGACAGAAAUUUGUGCUACAGAUUUUAAAGAUCUAGAAUCCUAAUUUUUGAUCAUCUGCAGUUGUUCUUGUGCUGGAGUUACCUUUUCUCUUCUUUCUUCUAUAUGUACAUGUGCAUCACUUUAGACCAAUGCGAAACUUACACCAAAAGGGACAGAGUGCCUCUAAGAAUUAGACUUUGAGCUGGGUCUAAAUCCACUAAGUUAACUGCUGACUGUCAUUGUGUUUGGGCACUUAACCAAGUUGCUAGUGAGUGUGGGCCCACAGCACUAAACCACCAACCA